AGCUUGAAUUCAAAACCCUUUUCAGAUAUCAGGGCUCAAGCUCCCAAAUUAACACCUUUAAAAUGCAUCCUCAUGUAUUCUUGCUACUAUUGAGUUCUGGGGUGUCCAGUUACUUUCUCCCUCAGAAGGAAAUGCCUCGUUGGUUGAACAAGGUUAAAUACCCACUGGUUGAUGAAAUGCUUUGUUUGCUGGAGGGUGAAAAUGCACGCAUAAAAGUGAACUUGUCCACACCGGUCUACGUAAAGAAACCAGACUGUGCACCUAAGAAUGCUGAAAUAUUUAUUCAUGGACUAAAAAAGCUUCACAAAUGGACAUGCAUGAAAAAAGUGGAGAAAGAUAUGGAAGAGCUAGAAAAAAAUUGCAGUAUUUUCAAGAAAUCUUCAUUCAACAAGAGCUGCUCAAAGAAGUCAAAUACUGAUUUCUCGGAAUUUAAAGCGAGUCUGGAAGAAUUCCUGAGAUGGAUCAAUCAGAAGCAGAACUGCAAGAAUGUUGGGAGAAGCAAGUUCAGUUUCUACCCGGUUAAUAGAAACCUGGAUGGUAAAUGCAGCUGCCAUGACCCCUGGAAAUCCCACCAAGCCUUGGGCUAGGGAAGAGCUGCCCAGGCACUGAGGGGCUGGCUGGGAAGGGGAGGGGGACAUAGGGCUGUUAUAAAGUAGAGUCUUUACUAAUCAAGGCAAAUAUUCUGAUGCUAAUUAAUGUUAAAUUUUGAUGACUAAUGCAAGGAGGCAAAUUAAAACUCUAC